AUGAGUGGUAGACCUACACUUAGGUCUACUCCACGUGGAGGGUUAGUUUUGCAAUUGAUUGAGAAAAAUGUUUUUUUGAGGUCUACCUUGUCGGUCUACUCCACGUGGAGGGUAAUGGUUUGUCUAGCUUCCGUUUAUGGAAAAUGGGUGGUGAUGGAAGACAAGUCAUGGCAUUUUGAGAUGGAUAAAGGAAAAGAGAGAGAAUGUUCUACUUACGGGAUGGUUGUACACAUGAAGGAGCCUCUUAGAAUGGUACAAGCUGACUAUAUGUUGGAUAUGGAACCAGAACUGGUGGAAUUAUCUUAUCCAUUACCAGAUGUGAUGCUCCAUCAAAUACCCUCAGACUUUCCUCAUAUGUACAUCACCAACGAUGGAUAG